CGUUAGGCUCUUAGUCUUUCACCAAAAAGGAGCAAGAUUCUAGUUCAAGUUCGCGGAUAGUUCUCAUAACUUCGUUGGAUGACUCAUUCAAGAAAAGUAGAUCAGAUGGCGUCCGACGUUGUUUCGCUUGCCGCCGCGAGUGGAGCACCUCCACGUAAACAGCGAGCACGGACAGGACAGCUCUCUUUCGUUCUCCGGUUUGCAGUUUUACUUCUAAGUUAUACUUCUCAGAUCCACAUCUUACAGACUGCAGCACGAGCGAGUUCAUCGUCUGAGCUUGUGUUACGCGGCGUCCGCGCUCAAGGACGCGAAGCAGAACAGAGGGUGAGUCGCGCUUCGUCUACAACUAGUUCUUCUACAGAUAUGAAAGAAAAAAGUGCACUCACACUCAAAAAAAGUGGCUAUUUUCCUACUUAAAUCCUAGCCAAUUUCUUGAGUGUGAGUGCACUUUUUCGUUUCAUAACAGAUCAAAACAGAGGAAGGACGAACAGGAUAGAAACUCUCAGCAGGAGAGGCAGAGGCGCUUCUGCUCCACGCCCUUCUUUGUUCGAGUUUAGAGAAGUACGCCUACAGCCAUUAGCAAAUAAUGGAACGCCAGCGGUGAAAGAAAACGGCAAACCGCUGAUAACACGCGUAGACUUCAUUCAGACUUUGGCCUAUCAUCAUGAAGGAUGUGAAGUAGAAAGUGACGGUCGUGCAGGAGAAGUAGUUUUGGAGUGUGGACGAGUCAAUAAUGACAGGUGCUGUAUUGAUAUUAAGGAAGGAGGAGCAGACGGAGGAAAAGGUAACAAAACAAAAGAUGAAAAUGGAGGGACCUCCAGCUGCUCUUCGUUAACGGACACUGCUCGUCCUCGCUCAUACUCAUUAUCCGAGGCAUCGACAGCAACGUCUUCUACUGUAGCAGGAGGUUCUCCGCCAUCAGUUCUUCUUGGAGAUGAUGGCACCGCGACGUCGCCAGAUGAAGAUGCGUCGCAAGCAGUAAGUGAAGCUGAAGACCAUGCUACAGUACGACUACCUGUUGAACAAGAUACGAGAAAGCCUGAAGGAACGGAGGUCACGAAUCGGGCUUCACGCUCUGCAUCUUCAGACGACGAAAUAAUGGCCUCGUCUAGCAAGUCCAUGAUCACCAACGUGAAAGAAGUCAAAUCUUCGAAGUAUUUCUCCGAGACUGGGAAAACGUCUAUCUACGAUCCUGAGGUGCAAAGGCGACUAACCAAGAAUCAGGAGAAAGCUUAUUAAGGGUCUAGGUUAAAUGUGCUUUUGUUACCGUUUGUGAUGGGUCUCCUUCUAAGGGGGACAGCCAUCACAAGCGGGAUAGACGAACACCAAAAAGAACCUACCUCGUCUAAGCUUACCCUCUACUGGAAAAAAAUGGGGCAAUCCUUAAAAUACCACAAAGAUUGCAAAAUUGUCCGAAGAAAAAGAAGGAUACGCAAAGAUUGUGGGAGCAUUUGCAACUGAAUUUAGCGGGAAAAGAUGGGAGAAUACCGCCACAAAGAGUAGCUGUGAUCAAGCUGAGGCCGAAAAACGCACCUCUCAGUUGUCAUCUUGAGGUCGGACAAGAUAACGGUUUGCCUGGUGCUGGAGGAGGACGGAGAAGAAUGGCGACCUCCACUUCUGCGAUGAAUCGAGAGGAAGAUGGACAAGGACCACAGGAUAGUCGCACACCAAAUGUAGACGGUUACGGUGAUAUUGAGCAAGCGUUUGCAGAUAUUAUGGACCACGAGCAACACGCAGAAGUAUUCAGAGCGGAAGAACUGGCCGAUGAGGAUCGAAGAGAACAGGAAGAUGAGAGGCGCGCAACGACUGUAGGGAUAGACGAGCACCACGGCACUUCUUCUGCAAAGCCAAUCAUAGACGAACACCCUCCUCGAUCGAAACGGAGGAGUCCUCCGAUGAGAAAAUUGACUGCUCUCUAUGCUGCAAAUCGUCUUGCUGUUGUCGGCUUGAGGGCAGAAGUGUCACUGCAUCUUCAUGCGGGAUUGAAUCAAACGACAACUACAUCGGCUUCGAGGCACCAGUUGCCGGUCGUGACGAAUGGAAAUCCAUCUCUGUCUUCGUCUACUCAGGCAAUAGUCGAUGCUGCUGAUUCUUCGGCUGGAAGAGCGACAUCUACAGCGUCCUCAGCAAGGGAUGUAGGAGAAACCAACAUCAACAGCAUAGUGUCACCAAACUCUCCUGACUCGUAUACUGCAUCUGGACGGUGGCGUUCACACUGUAAUACAAGGCCUUUUCAAAGACCCAGAGCAUCUGGUGGCGCUGCACCAGCGUUUGCGGUGAAGCUGCAUGAUAAUCGUGCAAGAACACUCAGUAGAAGUAACAAUAAGGCGUCAUCUACACUAACUUCAACUAUAUCUGGAGCCGCGGGAGUUCUUGGAGUCCCAGUUUCAGGAGUCCCAGUUUCAGUCGUUCCACCACCACUUAGUUCAUCUACAGCUGUAGGUGGAGGAAUACAUGUCUUGCAAAAAAUGAUGAAGAAGCUAGCGAUUUGAUAGCCAAAAAAUUCGUAUUAUCAGCUACGUCGUUGUUUCGUAAUGUAGAAGACGUAGUUUCGUCUCGUGUGUAGAAGUCUGCGAAAAUGUUCUAGUUAUUCUCAUUAUUUUGACAUUUUGACCAGCAUGAUUCAUCUUCAAGAACCGAAUCCCAUCGACUCUUGAAGAAGUUGUGUAGCUCUGAAUUGUCCCUGCGAACCAGAUGUGCAUUAUUUCAGUUUUCGUCAUAUUCUCUAAAAUGCCUCUCCAGAACGAGUACGAAC